UUUCAUCCGUCGGUCUCAUACGAUCUCCCCUUGAUCCUCGCUGCUUAGGUAUUUCUUACACACCCUUUUUCUUUCAUCUAUUCGCCUAAAUUCCCUCGUCAGUGAUUCGAUCAGUGAUAUUCAACUGCAGUGUGAAAUUGUUGGGGAAUUCCGAGCAUCUAUAUACAAAUCGGAGUUUGAUAUAUAGAGAUCGUAUCAAUGGCAACUCCCGGUGGACCCAGACCAGGCAAUCCACCGCCUAAUUAUAACCCUAAUUCGAUUGCUGACAAUAUGCAAAACCUUCAAAUCAAUCGCCCUAAUCAACCCCCAAAUCCUGGUGGUGGACCUAGAGGUCCACCUCCUCCGUUUGGCCAACAACCACAAUCUCAACCAUUCCCUUCAUCAUCUCCAUUUUCAGGACCUAGUCGUCCAGGGCCUCCACCGCCAGGUGUCAUUCCCAGGGGUGCAGUGCCACCUUUUACUGGAUCUCCACAAGGUACAUUGCCUCCUUUCAUGGCCUCUAACCGUGGCAGUGGUGGCGGUGGUCCUCCUGGUAGUAACCCUCCUCCUCCAUUUGCUUCAAGGCCGAUGGGUUCUGGACCUUUGCCGACUCCAACAAUGAGUGCUCCUAUCGGUCAUCCUGGUCCUCGUCCUGGUCCUUUUGCAUCCUCUCCUUUGACAACAGGUCCGUCUGUUCCACCACCAAUGUCAGGUGGUGGUCUAUUGAGUAAUGGCCCCCCAUCGUUUGGACCAGGUGGUAUGCAAGGUGGUCCUCAGUAUCCUUCAGCUGGUGUUAGACCAAGACCAUCUGCUGGACCUUCGCCUUCUCCACCAACCAUGUCGUCACCUAUGGGUUCUUUUUCAGGUCAAACAACGCCCUCACAUCCCGGAAGUCCACCUGAUAAUCUUCCAAGAGGGCCAAUGCCACUAGCACCCUCCUUUGGAGCACCUCCAAGAGGACCCCCAAUAUUUUCAGCUCAGGCUCAAGGCAUGCCACAACAACAAGCUUCUCCUUUUGGGGCUCAACCAUGGCAAAUGCAAUCUCGACAAAAUGUACCACCUCCACCGAUGUCUGGUUCUGCUCAACCACCAAGAAUGUUUGGCAUGCCACCACCACUUUCUAAUCAACAAUCAAUGGCGACAAUUUCACCAGCUAUGGGUGCCGGUGGAGCCGCAGUUACAGGACCAUCAAAGAUCGAUCCUAACCAAAUUCCACGCCCUAUACCGAAUUCCUCGGUGCUUCUGCAUGAAACUCGCCAGGGCAACCAGGCCAAUCCUCCACCGCCUGCUACAAGCGAAUUCAUCGUAAGGGAUACUGGAAAUUGCAGUCCCCGGUACAUGAGAUGUACCAUUAAUCAGAUUGCUUGCACGUCUGAUCUUUUGACCACAUCUGGGAUGCAACUUGCUUUGUUGGUCCAGCCUUUGGCCCUACCUCAUCCAUCUGAGGAGCCCAUCCAAAUAGUGGAUUUGGGUGAAAGUGGCCCUGUUCGUUGUUCUCGUUGCAAAGGCUACAUCAAUCCCUUCAUGAAGUUUAUUGAUCAAGGAAGACGUUUUAUCUGUAAUUUCUGUGGUUUUACAGAUGAAACUCCCCGCGAUUAUCAGUGCAAUCUAGGUCCAGAUGGCAGACGAAGAGAUGCUGAUGAGAGGCCUGAGCUAUGUAGAGGCACAGUUGAAUUUGUUGCUACAAGGGAAUUUAUGGUGCGUGAUCCGAUGCCUGCUGUGUUUUUCUUCCUCAUUGAUGUAUCAAUGAAUGCCAUACAGACGGGUGCUACAGCUGGAGCUUGCAGCGCCAUCAGCCGAGUUAUCUCUGAUCUUCCAGAGGGUCCUCGGACGAUGGUUGGAAUUGCUACAUUUGACUCGACCAUCCAUUUCUACAACCUGAAGCGUGCAUUGCAGCAGCCAUUGAUGCUCAUAGUUCCUGAUGUACAAGAUGUUUACACUCCUCUCCAAACUGAUGUUAUUGUUCAACUUUCUGAGUGUCGUCAGCAUCUAGAUCUGCUGCUGGAAAGCAUUCCAACUAUGUUUCAGAAUAAUAAAACAGCUGAUUCAGCUUUUGGUGCUGGGAUAAAGGCUGCUUUUUUGGCAAUGAAGAGUACUGGAGGCAAACUUUUGGUAUUUCAAUCAGUCUUGCCUUCUGUUGGUAUUGCGGCUCUUUCUGCUAGAGAAGCUGAAGGAAGAACUAAUAUAUCUGCAGGAGAGAAGGAACCUCAUAAACUACUUCAACCAGCAGACAAGACUUUAAAGGAAAUGGCUAUUGAAUUCGCGGAGUACCAGGUCUCUGUUGAUGUAUUCAUUACUACCCAAAGUUAUGUGGACAUUGCUUCCAUCUCCGUCAUCCCAAGGACGACUGGAGGGCAGGUGUACUACUAUCACCCAUUUUCUGCUCUUUCGGAUCCUGCAAAACUCUACAAUGAUCUUCGGUGGAAUGUCACAAGGCCACAAGGUUUUGAAGCAGUGAUGCGUGUUAGAAGCAGCCAGGGUCUUCAAGUACAAGAAUACUCCGGGAAUUUCUGUAAGCGCAUUCCAACAGAUGUGGACCUACCUGCGAUUGAUUGUGACAAAUCCAUCAUGGUAACCCUGAAACAUGACGACAAAUUGCAGGACGGCACUGAAUGUUCUUUUCAGUGUGCACUUCUUUAUACUACUGUAUAUGGUGAAAGAAGAAUACGUGUUUCAACAUUGUCCUUGCCGUGCACAACCAUGCUGAGUAACCUCUUCCGCUCGGCCGACUUGGAUACUCAAUUUUCAUGUUUUCUAAAGCAAGCGGCAAAUGAAAUCCUUUCAAACCCGCUACUACAAGUAAGGGAGCAAGUGACGAACCUUUGCAUCAACAUUCUCCAUGCUUAUCGCAAAUUUUGUGCUACUGUGUCGUCAUCAGGACAGCUUAUUCUUCCAGAGGCUCUCAAAUUGUUGCCUUUAUACACUCUUGCAUUGAUUAAAAGUAUUGGACUGCGAACCGACGGGCGGAUAGAUGAACGAUCGUUCUGGAUCAAUUAUGUUUUCCCUCUCUCUGCACAACUGGCAAUUCCACUCGUGUACCCGAGGAUGAUAAGUGUUCAUGACCUUAAUUUAAAGGAAACAGAUGGAUCUGCAAUUCCACAGGCUAUUCCUCUCUCAAGUGAACAAGUGAGCGAAAAUGGAAUCUAUCUUCUUGAAAAUGGUGAGGAUUGCUUAAUUUAUAUCGGAAGCUCUGCUGAUCCUGAUACAAUUCGGCAACUGUUUGGCAUUUCUUCUGCCGAAGAAGUUCCCAGUCAGUUUGUAUUGCAGCAAUACGACAAUCCUUUGUCAAAGAAGCUAAAUGAGGUCAUAAACGAGAUCAGAAGUCAAAGGUGCAACUACCUUCGCUUGAAACUAUGCAAGAAAGGAGAUCCAUCAGGGGUGCUGUUUUUCUCACACAUGGUGGAAGACAAGUCUCCGAGUGGUCUCUCCUAUGUCGAGUUCCUAGUACAUGUUCAUCGGCAAAUUCAAAGCAAAAUGACUUGAUGUUUACGAGUUCUGAUAGUCUUUACGAAUUUGGAUCGGGAGAUGAAAAGGAAGCAAAGCUCCGAAUGCGUUGCUUCUUCUUUUUGAUGAAAACUAGUUGAGCAAAGUUUCGAAAUUAUAGGCCUUUUGGUUUCUUUUUAUAGCUUCAAUUUUCAUCAUUUCUGAACUUGUAGCAACUAAUAAAUCGUUUCGUUUGAUUUGGUUUGGUUCGGUUCGGUUCGUACUCUUUUUCUUUUAAAGUGAUAUUUGUUCCCUUCAGUUAUGUAAAAAUUACAAUCUUUAAACAUAAAAUAUGACCUUUCUACCCU